AUGUCUGUGUCCUCGGGCGACUCGGACAUUGAUGGCCCAAGGUCGUCAUUAGGUCCCGACCUGAUGGACGAAGACCAGUCGCUUGUCCCCAGCGGACGAGACGUUGUGCAUAGCAUCUUGAAUGGAAUUAGGGAUGACAAAGACAAGUUGCUGCUUACGUCGAACGUCUUCUGUCUACUACAACAUGUGCAAUCUCGGGUUUUCAAAAGCGAAGCUUGCAUUAAUGUGAUAGAAGCUGCAGUGUCGGAGGUCUCACGCCUACAGGACAAAAAAGAAAGAGACGGGUCGGUUCCCCCACAAUUGUCAAAAGAACAAGCGAAGAAAUGGGUAAAAUGGCCUGACGGUCACAUCUGUCCACCGCGGGAGUCCUUCCAACAUAGGAAUGAGAUAGAGCGAAAUCGAAUGCGAUUCGAAUUUUGGCACCUUCUUCGUACCGACUGCCUUUUUCGUCUUUCAUUUGGUAAACCAGCGUUGCUCCCUGAAGGGUCAUGGGCUGUUAAUCUUCCUGACCCCUCGAUCACUGGCGUCGAUGAUGCGUCGACGCACUUCAUCCAAAUACACUUCCUGGCAUCGAUGCGGCUGACACUGGUUGUCCUGAAAUACUUGGACUGGGUGAAGGCUGAGUCCAAUCAGAAUGCAGCUACGUACGAUAGUUGGCUGGAUGAUCUCAUCACCGAAGUGGAGACGAUCAUGGCUGACUGGAACGUUGAGGAGCUCAUAAGUAAUGCCAAAAAUCUUAUCGACACCUGGUUCUGUGCAGAUAUCCUGUUCGCCGGCUACAGGAUCAUUAUCGUCCUCUCACAGGCCAAGAAUUGCAAUCGAGACAGCUACCACUUGCCACGGCACACGGUAGACCUCGCCAGAAAGUCUCUAAAGGUGUUUCAAUCUCUCAUGGGUCCGACAGUGGGGUCAUUCUGGGGUAUCAGGUAA